CAGCUGAUUUUACGUACACAUUUGUUACCGGUUUUAUAAUUAUUUUAGCUAAUUUUGUAAUUUAUCACAGAAAAUGUUCAAAUUACGUUUGUCGCAUUAUGUUAAUCAAUCAUUACGAAAGUUUGGUAAACCACAAUCUUUUUUGGCUGCAAUUUCAACAAGCCCCGUCGUGGAGACAGAAGGUGAAUUACCGCAACCUCACAAUGUGGUGAAUCACGCAGCCCGCAAAAUUAAUUUUCCAAGUUACACAUUAGAUCAACAGCAAGCCAUUUUGGACAUUGUGAAUAACGAUGACACGAAAGAGAUUUUAAAUUACGAUAUAGCUAAAACACGCGCCGCCAAAUUGACAGCAUGGAAGAAACGUAACGGACCAUUGAAAAAUGUAGAAGAUAUUCUAUUGAUAGAAGGUUUUAGUUUAAAGUUGGCCGAAAAAUUCUACAAAAGUAUGCUUGAGGAAAAUAUUCAGGUGGGUGGAGCCACACGUUCAGCUCGACAACGUACCGCAAGCUUCAUCACCCCAGUAAUUGAUGCUGAACAUCGCUCGGAAAUACGUUCCAGUGUUUCAUUGCGUAUCGGUGUAUCCAGUGUAACGUGGACGCGUUUGGAAUUGCCCACAUUAGAUAGUUCAAAUGUACCUUGCUGUUUAACGCAUUGGGAGCACCACGAAAUCACAGAGAAGAAACUACAUUUGGGUGAUUUAAUACAACGAUUAUGGUAUAUCGAUCAUCUUAUUCCGGAUGCAGAUUGUUAUAUUUUUGAAAAUCCCCAAAUGGCGCAAAUGAGCAGCAAUCCGGGUAGCGUAGAUCAGCAAAAUAUUAACAUACAAAAGUGUCAAGUAAUUGCUGUAUUAGCGUAUGCAUUAUUUGCACGCGGAAGACGUGCCGAAGCGACUAAAGAUGGGCAUGAGAGGAUUAAUGAAGUAGACAAGAAGACGGUAGUCAAACGGCCAAAUGUUUUCUAUCUACGGCGCUUCUUGGCAGCGCGGUUAUUCAGUCAGCUAGUAGGUACCGAACGCGUUUCAACGGAGGAAACCAUUUUGAAUCUUAUGCGCAUACAUUAUAAUGUAGAUGAUUUGUUUGAAGGUGAAGUUGAAAGUGGACAGCAAACCACAAACACGGCUGAGCAAAGAUUAUCACUUCGAGGAAACGUACAGUUUCCACUGACACAUCGAGAAAUGUUUUCACGCGCCGGACGUUAUCAACGUGAAUUUUUAGGGCAAUCAUUUUUACUUAAUUUGGCAUUCGUGAGAUUGGUAUUGCUGCAAGAUGAGAAUAGUAUAGCAGCCGUGACGCGUAAUCAAAAUAAAGGAGAAGCAGAAAGAACAAGCUGAUGCGCUAAAUGCAAAUCAAUAAAGGGUUGUUUAUAUUGAUAUGCUUUGGUUCCACCUAUAAUAGUGAUACAGGCUUUAACUAUAUUCCCUGUUAAUACAUAAAUGCCACUUUGUGGAAAAACUUAAAAA